AUGGACUCACCCAGCUCGUUCAGGCUGAGUCCCGUGCAAAAGGCGGAGAUGAUGACCUGCAUACAUACGGCUAUUGAAGAACUGCGAAUGGAAGUGAUUCCUUCAAAGGCCAGCCAAAAGAAGAAUGCGAGAUUGAUUCCGCAGAUCAAUGUUAUUCCUCCCUCUGAGACUGCUACUCCUUCCGUUCCAUCGACCGCCCCAAUCUUCGACAUUGCGAAGGCAAACAAUUGGGUCACAUCUGAGGUUGGAUAUUUCCUUCCUGACCCCACUCGUGACGAGCAGGUACGAAUGAAGGAAGACACCAUUUACUUCAGCAAUGCCCAUGCGUUUGUCGGCCAUAUCCGGGCCCUGUCCGCCUUCAAGAACGAGAACACUAUCCGUCUGAACAUCCACUCUUGCCUGCGAGGUGAGGCCCUGGAAUGGUUUAUCUCCGAGCUCUCGCACUACGAGAGAGAGAAGCUCCGAAGCUUUUCUCUGGAGGAAGGAUGGAUCGAAACUCUAACCAGGCGCUUCAAGAACCCCCCUUCUCACGCCUUGAAGACUCUGAAACGGUCUAAGUACAAUUGGGCAGACGUUCGAUCCCAGCGCUCUCUGGUCAUGUGGGCUCAUAACAUGUUGCGGUUGGCCCAGGAAUCGAACGAAUACCCAGUUGUCUGGCACCAGAUACACGCAGUAUGGGACCAGAUUGAGAUCCCGAUCCGAGGAAACGUCAGCGAACCAUCGUCGGGGACUACUGUUGCAAGCUUCAUGGAAGAAUUAGACAGAUGGUACAAUCUGUGGCGCUAG